ACGAGUAAAUAACACAAAUAAAGUAAGGCUUACUAUAAUGGUUGUACUUUUUUAUGUACCUGUUCCGAUCGCGUACCAUGUGAUCCUUACGGCCACCGUAGCCUACGUCAAACUUGUAAACGUUGUAAGAAUCCAGGUCCAACUGCAGCAACAACAUGGCCUUUACUUUAUACUCUCUCAUCCAAGCAGCGAUCUUGUGUGUGAAUGCAGUCGCCGUGUUACACGAAGAGAGGUUUCUUAGUAAAAUUGGCUGGGGGGUGGACCAAAGCGUCGGAGGGUUUGGGGAUGAACCAGGUGUCAAGGUGCAGGUGAUGACCCUCAUUCGAUCCGUAAGAACAGUGAUGAGAGUGCCGUUGAUAGCAGUGAAUUCGGUUUGCAUUGUGCUACUGCUGCUGUUCGGGUAAGGAUGACCUCUUUGUGGCAUCAGGAACCCGUCUCCACAUUACGAACAGACCCACUCGUCGUUGCCAGAACCCGCGAUCAGCAGCAUGUCCCGACAGCAAGCCACGACAUGGAGCACCGCCCGAAUCAUGCCUUGGUUUUAAUGCAGCGCAACGCUUAUAAAUGCCAUUUUGUGUUCAAUAUCGCUUCUGUUGUAAUGUCAAUGCGGCCACGGACUACUGACAAAUAAUGCAGCAUCACUUCAAUUAGUUGUACUUUUUGUAGCUGUUUGUUUGAUCAAUGCAAUGUUUUUACAAUUAAACUUUUUGAAAUUCACAUGCGCAUUCUGGUUGUCGCUUACCGCACUCCGUACUUCCUGUGUGAAUUAUGUUGUGAUAUGAUGACCUGUGGUUUUGAUUUCUGGAAGUAUACAAGCGUCCCUAGGUGUAGGCAUAUCGGGGUCAUAAGUCAUGGAGAUGGAUAAGCAUAGUAUUGCGUUGUGCGUAUAUACAGUAGACUACGUCACCAGGGCCCAUAUGUGGCUGCGAUCGGACAUUGAUUUUUAAACUCAAUCCCUUCAGCACAGCAUCACGAUGGGAAAUACACAGAGUUUCGUGGUCGCCUCUUUCUCUUUGAGUGCAAUUUAUCUAUUUUAUGCUCAUGUGUAUCGCUCUCAUAAAGCCCUGAAAUCAACCGUUGUAAACUACGAGGACCGUCUGCCAGGACUCGGAUACCUUUUUGCACGAUAUUUGCUCAAAGCUCUUUUAGUAACUCGGGGGUCUAUAAUAAACAAGAAGCAAACCGACCUCUCAUACACGCUUAUUAACUGCAGGCUUGAAAACCAACUGUUGAGGAAGUUCUGUGCUGCAGCAGGUUACGGUUGGGACUACCCAGACAGCGAAUACAGAGACGUUCCUCUGUGUUUCCCAGAGGUCCUCUGUCUCAGGCUGCUGUUGAUGGUGCUGACCUCAUCCCACUUCGCCUUGAACCCAGCAGGUCUGGUGCGUGUGCGGCAGACCCUGAGAACUCUGCAGCCCAUUGAUGAGUUGACUAAGGGCCGGUUCACACUGCACGCCCGGGUCCUGGAGUACCGGACGGUCAGAAGCGGAGCAGAGGUGGACGUCUUUAUGUCAGCCACGUCCCGCUGCGGUCAGCUGGUGUGGGAGAGCACCCUGACACUGCUCUCCAGGGAAAAGUUUUACAAGACGCUCCAAAGUCUGCCCACAGAUCAUAAAAAAGAUUUGCCUGAUGUAGCCCUUUUGAAGAGAGUAGCAAUGAGGGUCCCAUGGAGUACUGGGCUUUGCUUCGCUUGGUCCUUCUCUGACUACUCCCCUAGUCCCCUCCUGUCCCUCCCGGCAAGGCUUCUUGGCUGCAGGGACAGAAGCUCCCCCAGCUUGUGGAUGCUGUCUGUCUGCCUGGCGGAGAUGGAGAAGCACAGAGGGGUAGAUGCUAUAAGACCUCCCAUCAACCUUACUGUUCAAUUCCUGGAGCCUCUCUUGGUCCCAGGCCAGGUGAUCAUCACGUUCUGGGAAACAGUGACCAAAGAUGGGGGGAGAGGGCUCCGUUUUCAAAUGGAGCAACAUGCCAACUCUGUGACUUAUGUGGAUGGAUUAAUCUGUAGGACCUGAAUCAAAUUUGUGGGUAUUCAUCUUGUCUUAAUGGAAGCACAGCAAAAAGUUUCAUUUACGACUUUACAGUCUAUUUGACUUUUGCAAUUUCCUAACACAUUUCUCUAACAAUAAGUGGUUGUACAUGACAUAAUAUAAAACAGCCGUUACUUUUUCUGAUUUUGACAUUAUCAUAUAAAAAUCACUGAUCACCAAACUGACCCCAUUUUGGCUUAGCUGCAGCCUGCAGUCUGCCUCUUUUAUUUCUUGUCAUUUCGAAGCACAGAUUCAGCAUUGCUUAAGUACCACUAAAUGUACCAUUCAUUCACGUCAAUCUGUAUUGAAAAAUUGACAUUUUCCUGUGUGAAUAGGUUGCCACAAUUGUUUUAAUAUAUAUUUUUUACUUGAAAUACUAAGUCAAAAAGUGUUUUGAUUCAGUUCAUGGUGUAAUUGGCCAACUCAUUUCACACCAACUUAUCUGAUUAACAUUGCCACAAAUGGGCUUUUCCAAGGUUGGCCUGUAGUGUUAAAUGCAAUCACCUCUGUUCCUGAAAUUUAGAUGGCCCUUUUGAUCACCACUUUAAUGUUAAACCCGUUCUCUGUACGUUUUCCCAUUAGCAAUCUCUAGUGGCUUGAGUUGUAGCUAGAUUUAUAGCUGUUUUAUUUUCAGAAAUGAUUACAAACUGAGUGUCAGCUCAAUCCAACAAUGGGAUCAGUAUUAUUAUUAUUAUUAUUAUUAUUAUUAUUUUUAUUUAUUAAUUUGUUAAAAAGUUAAAAAGUGCAGAAUUAAUUUAUAAAAAAAGGUAUUUUAAACAAGUCGGAUGAUAGGCCUACUUAUAUUUUGUGUUAUACAACAUAAUUCAUUAUGGUACCAGUUAAUGAUUACAGAAAUGAGAUUCCUAGCAAUGAUGUCACAUGGAGAAGCAUGCAUUUCCAAGUGGCUACAUAGUAUUGAGUAUUAUAUUUUGAGAUAGUGUCAGAGUCGGAGAGAAUUAUGUCAAACUAUGUACCAUAUAAACUGUAAAAUAAACAUGAACCUCAAUCAAGAAA